GGUGUCAGUCAAUCGGGCGAGGGCUUGACCAGGGUAGCUGGGCUUAUCGUCGUCAUCGUCAUCAUGGCAGCCGGGGCUGGUUCGGGUAAGAAACAGCAAACGCCACAGCGAUCCAAGAUGGGCGGGAAGAAGGAUUUGGUCUUGGAGCUGACCGACGAGCAGGAGCAGGAGCAGGAGCAGGCGGAUGAGCAAGUAGAGCUGGAACAGUCCCUGACACCGGGGAUGGCCGAGGACGAUGAUGACGAGGCAGACCUCGAUGCUCACAAGCGGAUACAGGGCAUGUCUCAGACAGACCUUGACACCUUCAAUGCUGGUCAAAAGAAGCGGGGUUUGAUUUACUUGAGCCGCGUGCCCCCCUUUAUGAAGCCAGCCAAACUGCGUCAUCUUAUGCAGCAGUUUGGUGAGGUCGACCGUGUUUUCCUGCAACCGGAAGACCCCAAAAUUCGGAAGCGGCGAGUCAAGAAUGGAGGCAACAAAAAGAUUAACUACGGCGAAGUCCAGAUUCCCAUCAUACCACACACACACACACACACACACACACACACACACACACACACACACACACACACACUCUCUCUCUCUCUCUCUCUCUCUCUCUCUCUCUCUCUCUCUCUCUCUCUCUCUCUCUCUCUCUCUCUCUCUCUCGCCUAUAACCGUUGGAUCGAGUUUCUUGACAAGUCCAUUGCAAAGCGAGUGGCCGCGUCUCUGAACGGCACAAAAGUCGGCGGCAAGCGCAACUCUUUCCACCACGACGACUUGUGGUGCAUGAAAUACUUGCCUGGCUUUAAAUGGCAUAACCUCACCGAGCGUAUCGCUUACGACAAUGCGGCCCGUGAGCGUCGCCUGGCCAUGGCCAUGUCCCAGGUGCAGCGCGAUACCAAUGCCUACUUGGAUCAAGUCGUCAAAGCCAAGAGCAUUGAGACGGCCAAGAAGUAUGGGAAAGCACCUAGUGCUGAAGGACACCGACCACGCCCUAUUCGCCAGCGUAAGGUCAUGGCCUCGGGGGCUGCGCCCUCAUCCAAGCGGGCCAAGCCUGAUGCCUAA